GUCGUCUGUCAGUUUAUGUGCGAGUAUCAAAAUAAUUGAUUAAAAGUCAGUAGGUAUUCCCAAUUCGAAAUCAAAUAUAAAUUAAUAGAAAUUAGUACCAUCAAGCACUCAUCAAAUUUCGUACUCUUAAAGACACUAACUACCGCAUCGAAUCAUCGUACCGAUUGACAAAUUAUGGAAUAGAAUAUCCAGGAAGUGUACUCCCAUCAAAAAAAACGUAGAUUAUGUCUCAAAGGCAGAGGAUUUUAACGUGUGUGGCCCAAUGGAUUCAUCCAAAGUACGACGAGAGCAACAUCAUAGCAGCUACGUUUCACAUGCUCUCGAUAACAUUAAUCAGCAUGUCUCUGGUGGAUUUGACUUGGUUUUUCAUCGGUGGGCCCGUGUGCGUUCCGUAUCUCACCUUGGGGGAGUUUUUCUGGUACGGACUUACCCCCAAUGAUGGUAUUGCAUACGCAGAUAUUGGUUGUAUUACACCGAAGCUCGUGAACGCGAUGAGAAUCACCAUACUCCUGUGCUUCAUGGCGAUUUUGUUCGCUCUUAUGGGCUUCUUUUUGGAGAUAAUCGGCCCUAAGCAUCUCUUGUACAAAACAUUGAGGAAGUACGCGAUAAUGGGCAUUUUUACAGUUAUUUGGGUAAUGGUGAUAAUCGCAAUGGCUUAUUACAUAACAUUAUUGUUGGAGGAAACUUUAGAUAAAGUUUAUCCCGAAGCGGAAUAUACAGUUACCUACGGAAUUGGAUUUUAUCUCGUUGCGACUGCAGGCGCUAUAACCUGCUGUGGAAUAAUAUACGCUUUAGUUCUUCCAUUCCAUACGGCUCGUUAUUUGCGAGACGACGAUCGAUGUCUUCUGGAUGCAUUCGAUGACGGUUUGGAUACAUUCCAUCAUCCGAUACCGCCUCCGCCAUACUAUAUCCCACCUCCUCCGUACACUCCUUGAUCACCGUACCUGUUAUGUAAAGGUUAAGGUUGAAAAUUUCUUAUUAAUCUGUCGAUGUUUUGCCACUUAUAAACGGAUGUCUAAUUUGCACUAGUGUAUUGUUUGUAACAGUUAACUUCGCCUUCACUGACAAUAUAACAGGAUUCAACUUAUUCAGUAUUCAGAAACUCGAACCGAAAGUACCAAAGUUUAGCGCGUAGAUUUAGUUUUAAGCACAGUAGACGAACGUUUCGCUUGUAUUAUUCACGUUUACUGUUUCCUAUUUGUUCUUGUUUUAAAGGAAUAUGACCAAUUUUCGUAGUUGCACCUUAUUAAUUCGGAGUAUUAUGACAAUUUGAGCUAAGUUUUAAGAAUCUUGUACAUUUUGCUAAUUAUUUGCUUCCAUUGGCAUCCCCUAAUCGCUUAGGAGGGCUGGACCCGGAAUGGAAGUUCGAAUGCCCCCUCACUCGAAUUGUACUUAGAUAUUUUUAUUUAUUAUCUCAUUACGUAUUAAGAUUUUACCUCACGUUGUUGUUGUUGACGCUGGGAUUUUAUUCUGAUAGUCUUCUGCUGUAUAAAAAUGAAUAGUUAAGAGAUGCGCCGCCGUCGAUCGAGAGAAUAUUUUCAUAGAUUCGUUUAUCGGUAACAUUAGACAAACGUACGAGGCGGCGUAUUGUUCCUUCGACCGUGUAGUUUGUAUAUUUUGCUAAAACAGAGAAACUUAUAUAACUAUGUGAAACAAAUGUAUGUGAUAGAACGGUUUAAUGAUCUAGUCUUAAAAUGAUUUCAUUACUUGUUUUCAACCGAUUGACGAAUGUAUCGUGUCCGAUUGUUAGAAGCAGGGGCGGAUUUUCGGGAAUUUCUUCUUUUAUUCUACACUUAACUCAAGUAAUAGUGUUUCUUCUGUAGCUCCUCAAUUACUCAUUCCACAAGCUUCAGUUGCAUUCCAAUGUAUAGUGUUAACUUCAUAUUUCAAAUUACUUUAUUUUCUAGUUCUAUCCGCCCUUAUUUAGAACUUCCUAAGGGGUAUAGCGUAACUAACGUAGAAGUGUAGAAAUGUUUAUAAUUAAAAAUAAUACAGGGUGACGAAGUUAAAUGUAGUAAUUAACUCUAGUUACGAUAUGCCCUGAUCGUUGAUUUACGUCGGUCAGGUUUUCUAUAUCAGCACAACAAAUUAUUUUUCUAUGUAUUCAAAAUAUUUGUAUAGGCUUUAGUGUAAGUUUGUGAUUAUUCUGUUGACAUUUAAUAAAGCUUUUAUGUAGGUAUUUCCAAAUUGACGUAAUGUAAUCUCAAUUAUAAUUAUUUUAACAUAUUUUGUAAAGAUGAUAGAUUAAAUUUUAGUUUAUAGUUUAUUUGAACUGACUAUUUUGUGAUUAUUGA